UAUCUUUUGAUUGAUAAACAGCUGAGCGUUGAAUUGUAAAUCGGUAACGAAUAUGUAAUCUCAGUACAGUUCACAUGAAUAGUUGUUUGUGUAGCUUCCUUAUCUAAAUCGCGAGAUCAGGCUUCUGCGCGAACUUGUACUUUAAACAACUGCUAAUAAAAAAGUGUGAUUUCUUAAAGGUAUUAUUAGCGAUGGAAACUGGUAUAAUUACGCCUACUAUACACUUCAAGCGUCCGCGAAAAGAGUUAACUGCUAUUAUCGAAGGAAGAAUAAAGAUCGUCACUGAACCAACAGAAUGGGAGGGUGGUUAUGUAGCUAUCAAUUCUUUUGGGUUUGGAGGGGCUAAUGGCCACAUAUUAUUAAAAUCAAAUCCUAAACAAAAAAUCAAUAAUGGAGCUUCGAAUGAUGACUUACCUAGGCUUGUAGCUGUAGCUGGUCGUACAGAGGAAGCAGUUAAAAUCAUCUUAGAUGAUGUGCAAAAUCGACCAAUAGAUACUGAGUUUAUAUCUCUGCUACAUCAUAUUCAUAAUAAUGAUAUAGAAGGUCAUCCUUAUAGAGGAUACAUGAUAACUGGGUCUAAAAUAUCUCAUAAUACAAUUAAUAAAAUAGAACAUACUCCAUAUAUCAGAAGACCGAUUUGUUUUAUAUUUUCUGGAUUAGGAUCUCAAUGGUUUGGGAUAAGUCGCGCUCUAAUGAAAUUCCCAGUAUUUGCCAAGGCAAUCCAGAAAUGUGGUAUCGUUUUGAGAUCUUACGGCAUAUCACUUACAGAUAUUUUAACAAGUGAUAAUAAAAAUAUUUUUGAUAAUAUCUUUAAUUUUUUAUUGGGUCUUAUUGGACUACAGAUUGGGUUAGUUGAUUUUUUAACAUCUAUUGGUGUAGUCCUUGAUUUUAUAAUCGGUCACUCCAUUGGUGAACUAACCUGUGGAUAUGCUGAUGGAUGUUUAACGGCCGAAGAAACGAUUCUGUCGGCAUAUUUCAUCGGUUUAGCCCUUCACGAGUCGAAAAUAAUUAAUGGCUCCAUGGCUGAAAUUAAUCUCAAUCUUGAAACCUUAAAAGUUAUGUGUCCUUCGGAUAUUGAUAUAGCUUGUUACAAUAGUUCUUCUAAUUUUAUUGUAAGCGGACCAACAAAUUCUAUAAAAACAUUUCUCACCAAAUUGCAGGCGAACAGUAUAUCUAUAAAAGAAAUUUUUUGUGGUUAUAUACCUUUUCAUAGUCGUUACAUCAAACCUGCUGUAGCUAAGUCUGAAGAAUACUUGAACCGAGCAUUACCACAAAAAAAGUUUCACAGCUCAAAGUGGCUGACAACAUCCUCUCACGAAUACUCCAAUACUACACCUUUAUGUUCAAAAUAUUAUACAAAUUACAUCUUGUCUCCGGUGUUAUUCGCAAAAGCGAUACGUUCAGUUUCAAAAGAUACAGUGACGAUUGAAAUAUCUCCUCAGAAUAUUCUCCAACACAUUUUGAACAAUUAUUUAUACUCUACAGUAACAAACGUAGCGCUAUAUGAACGAACCAAGGAUCAUAAUAAUGAGAUAUUUUUGGAAUCAAUCGAAAAACUUUAUAACGCAGGAUUGCAGCCACAGAUUGCAAAACUCUAUCCGACAGUGGAAUUUCCUGUAAGCCGCGGUACCCCAAUGAUUUCUCCUCUCAUAAAAUGGGAUCAUUCAGAGAACUUCUUUGUAGCACAUUUUCGUCGAAAUGAAAUAAUUGAUAAAAAGGAAAACGUUGUCAGUUUUACUACAAAUGAUGAUGAAUGUGCGUAUUUAAUGAGUCAUGUCGUUAAUGAAAAAAAUUUAUUUCCUGCUAUGGGAUAUCUUUUUUAUAUCUGGGAGAUGAUUGCAAUGUUAAAAAAGAAAGAAUAUAUCGAUACACCAGUUGUAUUUGAAGACGUUAAUUUUAUUCGUGCUACAGUGCUAUCACAACAAAAUGAGAUCGAAUUAACUUUCUCGAUCCAAGAAGGUAGCAAUAGGUUUGAAAUAAUGGAAGGAGAUAAUGCUAUUGUUACUGGAACAGUACGAAUUCCAACCAAUAUUGAAAAUGAAAAAAUAUCAGCUAAUCUUGCCGAAUAUAUCGAUGAUGAGGAAGAAAUGAAUACAAAAGACAUCUAUAAGGAAUUAAAACUUCGCGGUUAUCAAUAUACCGGUGUAUUUCGUGGAUUGAAAAACGCAUCGGUUACGGGAUCAAACGGCCAUAUCGCAUGGACAUCUAAUUGGGUGGCAUUUAUGGAUAGUAUGUUACAGAUGAUGAUUUUAGGACAGAAUUCAAGAAGCCUUUAUGUUCCAACAAGAAUUCGCAAACUGACUAUCGAUCCAAAAUAUCACAUACAGAUAAUUCAGGAUUAUCCAAUUGAAGAUAGACAAUUCUUUGUUCGUCGUUACAAGUCUUUAGACGCUAUAAUAUCUGGAGGAAUAGAAAUUUGUGGCACUGUGGCUACACCUAUAUCUCGCCGACAAAAAGUAGUUAAUACCGUUCUUGAAGAAUACAAAUUUGUUGCUCAUCGUGAUUUAGGUACUAUGUCGUUGCAAGAUGCAAUAAGAAUGUCGACGCACAUUGCACUCGAAUGUUGCAACAUGAUAAAUGUUAAAAUUAUCGAAUUUGUCGAUGAUAGUGACAAAGUGGUACCAGAAGAUUUAAAUUCUCCACUUAUUAGUAAAAUCUUAAAUGAUUUACCGCAGAUUCGACAUCACACUAAACUCGUGAUGACCCGCGAGAAAUUCUCAAAUAUUCCUUUGCCCGACAACGUUUCUACAACGGAAAUUAUUAAGUUGUCGAAAGACGAGAAUUGUUUGAUAGUCCUUGGUUUCAAUAUUUUGACAUAAAAUAGCAAAAAAUUAUAUAAACAGUUGCUGUCUCUGGUAAUGCCAGGGUUUCUACUAACUUUGGAGGAAUCCGGUGCGGUUUACGAUUAUUCAUGCCUGAAAACGUAUGAGUUGGAUAUCAUACUGGAAAAACAAAUAAAUUACAAGAAGCUUUUGUUAUUAAGAAAAACGCGAAAUGUUGCGAGAAACCAGCGGAUUGUACAUGUGAACAAUUACGAAUUUUCAUGGGUAGAUGAACUGAAAUCAAUCAUGUUCAAUGUGCAAAACGAGACUGGUGUAGAUACGGAGAUAAUUCUCGUCUCGGAAGAAGACUUCGAAUGCGGGCUAAACGGUUUUAUUAAUUGUUUGCGAAAAGAACCAGGCGGCGAAAUAAUUAGAAGCGUAUUUAUUCAAGAUGACAAAGCGCCUACAUUUUCUUUGCAAGAACCAUUGUACACAAAGCAGCUACAGUUGGACCUACCCAUCAAUGUUAUACGUUCCGGUAACGUUUGGGGAUCAUACAGGCAUUUUCCAUUACCAUCGUUGGAACCAAAAUUUGUACAGAACUCCUACGUUAGACAAAUGGUACAAGGAGAUUUGAGUACUCUCUGCUGGGCACAAAGCAGAAUGUCUCGCAUUAACCAUGAAAACCUCAUUGAUGUAAUUUAUACGUCUGUUAAUUUUAAAGAUAUUAUGAUAGCUACUGGCAAACUCAACGCUGAAUAUAUGGCAACAUUCGAACGCGGUAACGACUGUUUUAUUGGCUUUGAAUUUGUUGGUUUCAAUACGCAUAAGCAGAGGAUAAUGGGAUUAUGUUCACAAGGAAUGACGAACAUUCUUGUGGCCGAUAAAUAUCUCAGUUGGAUUAUACCUGACAAGUGGACAAUGGAAGACGCAGCAACGAUUCCGUGUGUGUACAGCACGUGUUACUAUGCUUUAUGCAUGAAGGGUAAAAUGAAAAAGGGAAACAAAAUCUUAAUUCAUUCUGGUACUGGAGGCAUUGGUCAAGCUGCGAUCCAUCUUGCGCUUCACGAAGGUUGCGAAGUGUUUACGACAGUUGGAACUGUCAAGAAACGACAGUUUAUAAAAGAAACGUUUCCCUCCAUUCCCGAAGAUCAUAUCGGAAACUCUCGAGAUACAAGCUUUGAACAAAUGAUUAUGCAGCGUACAAGAGGUCGUGGGGUGGAUAUCGUAUUGAAUUCCUUAGCCGAAGAAAAAUUACAAGCAUCUGUUCGCUGUUUAGCAAAUGGUGGCCGUUUUCUAGAAAUUGGAAAAUUUGAUAUGGUGUCCAAUAAUUCCUUGGAUAUAUCUAUCUUUUCUAAAGAUAUCAGCUUUUAUGGCAUUCUAUUAGACACUAUAUUCCAUUCAAAAGAAAAGCCAUGGUUGUGGAAAACAAUAACAGAAGGUAUAAAAAACGGUGCUAUUAAACCACUAUGCAGAAGAGUCUUCGAAAGAAAUGGAAUAGAAGCUGCCAUUAGAUAUAUGGCCGCUGGAAAACAUAUUGGCAAGAUAAUUAUCAGAGUUCACAAAGAGGAAGAGCCUUUGGAUGGUCCACUACUCGCUCAUCCACGAUAUUAUUGUUUGGAGCAUAAAUGCUACGUUAUUUUGGGUGGACUUGGCGGAUUUGGUUUAGAGCUAGCAGAUUGGUUGACUCUUCGAGGUGCAAAAAAUCUGGUAUUAACAUCACGAACCGGGAUUAGAACAGGUUAUCAGCAAUCAAGAGUAAAGCUAUGGCGAUCUUACGGUGUGGAUGUACAGAUUGUUACAGUCGAUGAUAAUUUGAAACAUGAAGACUGUGAAUCUAUAUUAAAAUUUGCCGAAGAAAAAACACCAGUGGACGCUAUAUUUAAUCUUGCAGUUGUUUUAAAAGAUUGUACAUUUCAAAAUCAAUCACCACAAACGUUCGAGGAUUCGUUCUUCAAAUCGAAAGCAUGGAUGACGAAGAACAUGGAUGAAUUGUCGAGAACGAUAUGUCCACAACUUCGACAUUUUGUCGUUUUUUCUUCCGUAUCGUGUGGAAGAGGAAACGCAGGCCAGACAAAUUAUGGAAUGGCUAAUUCCGUAAUGGAGAGAAUUUGUGAGAAAAGGAUGGAAAUAGGAUUACACGGUUUAGCGAUACAAUGGGGUGCUGUUGGUGAUGUCGGACUCGUGGCAGAUAUGCAAGAAGAAAAUAAAGAAUUGGUUAUUGGAGGUACAUUGCAACAACGAAUAUCUUCCUGUUUAGAGACAUUAGAAGUAUUUCUGUUACAAGAUCGACCUGUUGUAAGCAGUAUGGUUGUUGCUGAAAAAGCAAAAAUUGGCGGAUCAAUGAAUAUUUAUGAAACAGUUGCUCAUAUAAUGGGAUUAAAGAACAUAAACGCAGUGCCACCAAAUAUACCAUUGGCGGAAAUGGGUAUGGAUUCGAUGAUGGCAAUUGAAAUUAAGCAAACGUUGGAAAGAGAGUUUGAUAUUUCCUUGACAGCGCAAGACAUUAGAACUCUAAAUUUUGUAAAACUUCGACAAAUGACAAUUACAACCGAAGGAGGAAAGAUACACGAUACAAAUGAAAUUGAUCCAAGUAAUUUGGAAGGCUUCGACAUGCUGAUUCAAAAAAUGAAGGAUGCAGACUUUGUUCCAGAUAUUCUUGUAGAACUUGUUACCAAGGAGGUCGAUCGAGGCAAUAUAUUUCUCUUACCGGGAAUCGAAGGAUGUUCAAGUGUAUAUAAAUCUAUAGCAUCAGGAAUUAAAUCUUCGACAACGUGUGUGCAACAUGGUGUACUUAAUAUUCCUGAUGAAAGUCAUUCAGUGAUGAAAUCAGCCGCUUAUUUGCUGCCUCACUUAUUAAAGAAAAUGAAAGAUCAAAGGGAAUUUCUAAUAGUGGGUUAUUCAUUUGGAUCCUUAAUUGCCAUCGAAUUAGCAAGAUUAUUAGAAGCUAAUAAUUUCUCAGGACGGUUAAUACUAAUAGAUGGAGCUCCUGAUCUAAUGAAACUUUGGACUAAUCAAUAUUUGGGCUAUACUUCGCCAGAAGAGUUACAAAACAUGAUAAUACUUGGUUUAUUGGAAAUGUACACUACAAUUGACAAGAAAAAGCUUGCGUUGGAGCUGAAUAAAUGUAACACGAUGGACGAAAAAUUAAAAGCAUUUCAUGCCUACUUUCCGACGAAUUUAAAUGCAUUGACCAUCAAAAAUCAAAAACUGAUAUAUUCCACAGUUUACAAUCAUAUAGUUGCUAUACAGGAUUAUGAUAUUUCUUCAUUAACUCGCCUUAAAUCACAUAUAACAUUGCUAAAACCCACAUUUCCGAUUGCUUUUUUUACUGAAGAGGAUUAUGGUCUACAUAAGGUUACCGAAGGUAAAGUGCAAAUUCAUUAUGUGGAAGGUAAUCAUAUCACAAUGAUGGACAAUGACAAAAUCAUAUCAGCUAUUAACGAAGAAUGGAUAGAAAAUAAUAAGAUAGAAGAUAAUAUAAUACAAUAAAUAUAUAUACUUUAUCGGGACGCGGUAACAUUAAAACAAGAUAUUUCAAACAUAUUAUAUAUCAGGAAAUAUGAUGUCUUUCUGAUAAUGUUAUUCUACAAUACAUCUGUAAAAUUUAAAAUAAGCAUAGCAUAAAAAAAUAUAUGCACUUAAAUUUUUGUGUUUAACAAUAUAUUUCGAGAAGUGAAGAAUCCAAUUAAUUUCAGACAAUUAUGCUUCUUUUAUGUCUUAGAAAGACUAUAUUAUAAUUGUCCGGAAUCGAUUUAAUUCUUCUUAAAAUAUAUUGUUAAACACAAAAAUUUAAGAGUACAUAUCUUUUUAUAUAUGAUCAUUUUAAGGUUUAAGACGUAUGAAACAACCUCUCAAGAAUAAGCUUAUAUUUGAUAGUAUUCUAAGCAAUUAUCAUGGAAACGGUAAGAUAUAUGUAAAAUGUUUUAGGAAAAUAAACUUUUAUGAUCUAUUUA